UGAUUUAGCUAAAACCUAACUGACUAAACUAAGAGUUGGAAAAGAAUGACUGGCAGAGGUAGAACCUACUGGAGAUGAAACAAUCAAUAAUAGUUUUAUACUAACAGUUUUAAAAUUAUCAUAUUAGAUAUCGCACGAGUAAUGACGACGAUAUUGAAGUUUUAUUUAUUUUGUUUUUUGGCUGGGAAGUGUAAAGGAAUCCAUUUAAAUGAAAGUGUCUACAAGAGCAUGCCGACUUUAUUCUUGAUGGACGACUAUGAAGAUUGCGAUUUUGAACCAUUGGGUUAUUGUGUGGCUGAUUUUCAGUUGUUCUCCAAUAGCCAAUCAGAACUUAUGAAUGUUAUACAGAAUUAUUCGUCGGACAUAAUGAAACACUUCGACCAUACACUGAUACACAGAGGUGUUUGCUUAUCUAAAACAUGCAAAAGUUAUCAUCUAUAUACAUCAAAUAAAGAAGCGGACCCAGAAUCGAUCCUUGGGGCAUGCGUUAACCAAACUAUCUGGGAUCGUUACGGAAUUGAAGCAAAGAUAAAAAGUUUACAUUAUUGUAAACAUAAGGACAGAAUCAAAUUGGAUGUUUACGAUAUUGCAGUGGCAUUAGUGUAUGCUGUUAUCAUAUUCUUUGUUGCUCUAGGCACUGCAUACGAUUUCUACCAGACUAGGAAUCAAGGAAAGAAAGAUAAUCAAUACUUAAUGGCUUUUUCUUUGAAACAAAAUUGGAAAAAGUUAGUAGCACCGGCUGGAGUAGGACCAGACCCAAGGCUCAGCAGGCUGAAAUUGAUCAACGGAUUGAGGGCAAUGACGAUGGUUUGUGUUAUAUUUUCACAUACAGCAUUAAUAUUAUCAGUUACAUAUGUGGCCAAUUCACUUUAUAUUGAAGAGGCUUACGAUGAUUUAUCAAAGCACAUCUUAUUUAAUGGAACUCUGGUAGUUCAUACUUUUUUUGCUAUGUCGAGUUUCCUUUUGGCGUACAAUCUACAGAUCUACUCAGAAAAACAUAAGUUAUCAUGGACUCAAAUACCAAAGGCAAUCAUUUUAAGGUGGUUGAGACUGACGCCACCGUACGCGUUAAUCAUAGCUACCAUCAGCACGUGGAUGCGUCAUUUCGGGGACGGUCCCCUGUGGCCACUUCUAGUGCUCAGUGAGACACAGCAGUGCAGACAAUACUGGUGGUCUAAUAUCUUCUACUUCAAUAACUACUAUUACCAGUCCUGCUUUCCUAUUGGUUGGUACUUAGCUGCAGACUUCCAGUUGUUUUGUACUGGAAUAAUAUUAUUGGUCUUCGUACACAAAACAUGUAGACGAAUUAUUGCUUUGUCUUUACUAUUAAUUGUGUCUUUCAUAAUAACUGCAUCACACACUUACUUCGAAAAUCUAAAUGCAAUCGUUAUACAGUCUCCAGAGACAUACCGUAGUAUUUACGUUUACGAUAUGACUUACCGACGGGUCUACAUUGGUGGACACACGAAUCUCUCCUCCUACACGAUUGGUUUGGCUGGAGGACUCCUGACUUAUUACUGGCAAAACAGCAACUUUGACGCGAGAAAGUAUAAGAAAUACCGCUGGCUCCUCUGGAUCCAGUUUCCACUAGCCGUGUUGAUAAUACUUUCCGGGAUGAUAUUCUACAUCACUGAACCCCCAACACUAUUAAGGGUUCUCUACGCGACCUUCUACAAACCUCUCUUUGUAGUUAUGGUGGUCAACUUUAUGGUGGCAAGCGUGUUCAAAUUAGAGCCCCUCUACCGUCCCAUAGUGGAAUGGCGCGGCUGGACUUGGGCUGGACGUGUGUCCUACAGCGUGUUCUUAUUACACACCGUGUACCAGCGGGCUUAUGUUGGUGCGCAGCUCACACCCAUACACCUUAGUGACUACCACGUGUUGAUAUUGCUUUGUUCGUCUUUGCUUCUGUCUUUGCUCAGCGGUGUUGUUCUUUGGUUGACAGUGGAAGCUCCAGUGGCGGCACUCACACGUAUUAUAAUCAAAACUGGUAGUAAUAAAUAGACCCUUUAAA